AUGCAAGGUUGUUGUCCAGAGAUCGUAAAACCAAAUCCCUUCAUUCCACGUAAUACCUCGACUGCUCUUACACCGUAAUUCACUCGCUUUUUUUUCUUUCUGUUUUGGUGCAUUCUUAGAUUUUCUUUUCAUCAAUUUCCAUAUAAGUUUCAACUUAUACUUCUGAAUUGUCAGUCGAGAUUAAUCAUUCAGCUAACACUUUCACGUUCCAAAAAAAAACUCUCGAAUCAUUUUGCUUUAAAUUCUAUUUACACCAGUUCCUUCAACCGAUUUCCGAAGAAUAAGCGAAACGCAUGAAAGUCGAAUGAUUUUUUAUCGCACGACCGACUCAGUAGAUCAUCUAUAAUCCAUACCUAUUUGAAAUUAGUUUUCGACCGUUUAUGCUGCAGUUCUUGACGGCGUUCUUUCUGCGCUUUUGCACCUCUUUCUCUCACACUAUUAUGUACUAUAUGACCAAACUUCAAAACACGAUUUUUUAAAAUAUUUUCACUUUUUGCAUAUCUUUUUAUCUUUAUUAUUAUCAUCAGAACGCACACUAAUAUUUAUUUCGUGCAUCUAAAUGCACGAACCAUAUAAAAUAUUUUGGCAAUCUGAUUAUUCUUUUUCUUUUACUUCUAUCCUUUCACUCCCUCCACUUUUCUUUCAUUUACAUCAUUGUUUGUACCUAUAUCCAUCGAUCCAUACACUUCCGGUAUACAAAAUAUAUAUUCUAUUGAAAAUUUUUAAAUAAAGCACUUUCUUUCUUCGUAGAGAAUCCCAUCCUUAUACGACAAGAAUUCUGUUAAUUUUAAAAAUCUUGUAUGCCUAUUUCAUGUCAUUCCUUUUCCAUUUUGUAUUUCGAUAAUAAAAAUAAAAAAAAAACAUUGUACAUCGUGAAAUAAAUUUCUUUAUUAUUUUUUUUUUUCUUAGACUCGAUUUUAUCUCACUGUGUAUAAUUUCUGUUCCAUUUACUUGCUCGUAUUUUUGAAAAAUGCACGUAAACUAAAUUACAUAUUACGAUAUUAUUUAAAACAUUCACUUCAUGAAAUCCUAUUGGAAUGUUGUAUAAAAACUUAUAUUAAUUUUAACAAUUCUAUAUUUUUCUUUUUAUUCAAUUUCACAAUUAUAAUAUAGUUUCGAUUCCGAAAAUAACUAUAUUUUACGUGCGAGUUUUGAAAGAUUAAAAAAAAUAUUUCUGAUUAUAAAUAUCAAAUGUCAAUGGCCUGUGAUUUCAAAUGUAUGAAUUCAUUAAGAAAUUUUUUUUUUAACAAAACAUUGAAUCUUAAAUUGUAUAUAUAGUACGUGAGUACAAAAUUUCAUAACCUCCAAAUUCGAAUGUAUUUCUUAACAGUAUAUGCCUACAGUACAUGUGCAUUGUGAAGCCAAUUUUGUUUUUAAAAGUUUUAAAUAAAUUUUAGAUCGUUGUAAUUUGCAAUUGAAAUAAUAAUUUUUUUAUGCUUAUUAACUUGAAAUAUUAAUUACUUUUAAAUAAAAAUAAUAUUUUAAAAAUAAUAUUUUAUAAAAAGUGACUGCGAAUGUUACAGAUAUUAGGUUAGUGAAAGGGUAUCAUCAUGAAAUUUGACGAAUGGACCGUAGUACCAAAUACAGUUGCUGACAGAAUGAUAGAUUCCUCUUUGACCCAUAAAUUUGUACCAUCUAGAAAAUUACCCCGCAGAAAUAAAGCUAUGAAUGUUGUGAUUAAACAGCUUCAAAGCUUAAAAUCGUACAGGCAAUAUGUUGAAAUAAAGACUUCAAUUCUUCGAUGUUUGACAGAUAAUAGUGAAACUGAAGAUAAUAUUAGUUUUAGUGAAGAUGACAAUUCUUUAGCCAAUUAUACACGACUAAUAUUUGAAGAAAGAAACAACUAUUUUUAUAAAAAGGAAUCUAAAACUAGUGAAAGCAACAAUGUAAGUUCUAAAAGAAGAUCUACACAAAAAUCUAAACGAAAGUCAUCUAUAACUUUAGGAUGGCAAAAGGUUGUUAAAUCUGAAAACACUCCUUUGACGAGAAAAUCAAAUGCAAAUAAUUUUAUACAUGAUAAUAAUGAUAAUAAUAAUGAAACUUCUUCCGCAAAAAAUAACGUUAAAAAAAAUACACAAAAUAAGAUGAACACACUUACUAAAUAUUUUGUAAACUGUACUAAACAAAAUAUUUCAAAUUUAGAAAACCAAUUGCCCAUAAAAAAUGUAACAAAUGUUGCAACUAUAACACAAAAAGUAACAAACAAUAAUGAUGAAUCAGGACAAUCAAAUUCUUUGUUGAUAAAUGAUAUCAAUGAAGAAUUUCAAUCAGAUGAAAAUCAUUAUAAAAUACUUAACAGUCCUAAUAUUAAAACAUUAAAAGAUUUGCCAGCUUCAUUAGAUAAUUUGAAUGAAAUUCAAAAUAUUAAUGAAAAUAUACCUUUUAAUCAAAAUUGUCCUAAUCAGAUGAAACAAAAUUCCGAUAUUACAGAAAUAAUUAUGAAUGAGACUUUAAGUAUUGGUAAUACAUACCAACUAAAAGACUCUGGUAUUGAUGAAGAUACAGAAGAAGAAUUUUUAGAAAAUGGAAAGACUCAUAGAAUAUCUAAUAAUGACUCUAACAAGACUCAAGACAAAGAACAAGAUAUAUCAAGUAUUACUUCUGUACUAAAUAAUUUGAGAAACAGUGAUAAUGAUCUGAAAUCUGAAACUUACAAUAUGUCAGACAAAAAAGAAUAUUUUCAAGAUACAACAUCACUUACAAUUGAAAAUAUAAAUGUGAAGGAAAAAAUGCAAACAAAAAAACCACAAUCCAUAGUUACUCAUACAGAAAUUGUUAACAGAAAGUAUAAAAUAGUACCCCCUAUAUCUGUAUUUACUAAAGAUACAAAACCAGAAGAAUUAAGCACAAACAAUUCUUGUGAUGAAAAAGUUGAAAUAGAAGAAACUAAGCAGACAGAAGAUGAUAUUUUUCAUUCAACUGAAAAUCAAUUAUCACAAUUUGGAAGAUUAAAUUUAACAGUAGAUAGUGAGUCUAGUACUGUAGAUAGUGACUUUAAUGUUGAAAAUAUGAUAGAUAAGUUAUACAAAAGAUCUGUAAGAGAUUCAUCUCCAGAUAUUGAACUAUCAUUUCCUACUAAUAAAUCUGCUCAAUAUAAAUUGGAUUUAAACUAUGUAACAAAUUGUGUUUUUGAUAAAACAAAGAAUAUAAAAAAAUCAAAUGAAAAGAAUUUGGAACUUGGAAGUAUGAUGCAGUCUGUAGAUAAGAAGUCAACAUGUGGUAGACCAUAUAAUUUACAGGAAUUUGUAAAAAAGGAAAACUUAAUGCCUCAAACAACAGAACCUUCUUUUACAUUCAAAGAUAUAGAAGAAGAAGAACAACAAGCUUUCAUUACAAUUCCACGUUCGAUACUUGAAAAUAAGUUAGUAGGAAAUAAAAUAGUUUUAACAGAAAAAACAUUAAAGCUUGGAAAAGAAAAAUAUAAAAUCAAGUACAAAAAUAAAGAUAACAUAUCUUCUAUAUUUGGUACAAAGGAUUCAAAAAUACUUUACAGAAUAAUAAACAUUAAACCAAUAGCAAGUGUUGUGACACAAGGAAAAAUUACAAAAGCUAAUGAAAUCAAAGAUGAUAUAAUCUCAAAGAGGCAAAAUUUUAAGAAAAAAAUCAAGAAAAAACAUUUAAACAUUGAUGAAUAAAAUAUCAUAUAAAUAACUCAUAAGUAAGAAAUCAUGCAUUUGUAAAACUUGAUCAAGGAAUUUAUCUAUUAGUAAUACAAAUAUUGGAUAAUAGCAAUAGAUAAUUCUACAAUUAUCAAUCUAAUAAUAAUUGAAUAAUUUUACAAUUUUAAUAUGUUCAUGUUUAUAUUGUGUCAAAGAUUUACUUUUAUAUAUGAAAUAUUUUUUUUAUGGAUUACUAACAGAAUUAAAAAAAAUAUCAACAAAUUUCAGCAUUAUAUUUUUAUUCAA